AACUAUUGUAUCCAUGGAAGACAAAUUAAUCAAAAAUAUACUCAUAUAGUAUCAAAUCUAAAAGGCAUAAAUAUUCAUUAGGCAAUAAGUAUCAUAAAGAUUAUGACUCUCUCGAGAGCAAGAAUAUUUUCAAGAAUCAUAAGCUUGGUUGAUGAUUCCACCAUGAAGUUGGCAUGGAAAAUCAGAUCAUUCCUCAAGAAGAUACGUCAAAGCAGCAAGUACUAUCGUUACCAUCGCCUUGUGAAUGAUGAGUCUGAUCAUGGCGUUGUCAAAACCAUUGACGAAGCUCCUACAAUUUACGUCUCAGUUUACGUUGGCAAAGAGGGUAAGAGGCCCGAAAUCUUCGAUCAAUUGUUGGAGCUUUGGAGCUUUAAAUGGGACUUUGACGAAGGGAACUGUUUUAUCUUCUUGAAAGAAUUCGAGAAAUGGAGUCGGAUGAGACAGGAACGUUUGACUGAUCAUGCAACCCCAAGAAGAACAGGCGAAGGAAGUCUUUCUUUUUGUUAUUAAUUUGUUCCAUCUUUUGGUUUCCUUUUCUUGGAACGAUUUUAGAUGUGUCCUAUGUUGAUUCGUUGGAUUAUCCUCAUUAGAGUAUAUGUAUAUGUAUUUUCCAAAAACACUUGUCCCUGAUGGCUAGAUUAGGGGAAAUUUUCAUUGUUCCAUUGAAGAAAAAGGUUUCUUAAGAACGAACUUAUCCAUGUUAGUUUAUAUGCUAAUUGUAAAUGAAGUUGUAAAUGAAGUAUGAAUAUGCCAACAGAGUUCGUUAAGUUA